AUGCAACUGAAUACAAAAGUAGGAAAGGAUGUGGAGGAUCAAUUGUGGAUGAUUUCUGAUGGUGGGACUGUUAAUUUACUUAGUAGAUCCUUGGGUGAGUAUAACAUCAAUGAGCAUGGCUUUCAUAAACGAAGUGCUGGGCCGGACGAGUCAGAUUCUGAUGAGAAGGGUUACCGUGUUGUGCCUCUCAUGAGAUGCACAUAUUUGGUCCCAUCGGAGAAGAGGCAACAAAUUCUCAAUGAGAUGAGAACAUUAUGUGAAGCGUGUUGUUAUCCUGGUUUAGUUGAAUUCCAGGGUGCAUUUUACAUGCCUGAUUCUGGACAAAUAAGCAUUGCUCUUGAAUACAUGGAUGGUGGUUCCUUGGCAGAUGUUAUAAGGGUCAAGAAGUCUAUACCAGAACCAGUUCUUUCACAUAUGCUACAGAAAGUGUUGCUUGGUCUGCGAUACUUGCAUGAAGUAAGGCAUCUAGUGCAUAGAGAUAUAAAGCCAGCAAAUUUGCUGGUAAAUCUUAAGGGCGAGGCGAAAAUUACAGAUUUUGGUGUGAGUACUGGUUUGGACAAUACAAUGGCUAUGUGUGCUACCUUUGUAGGCACGGUCACAUAUAUGUCACCUGAGAGAAUUCGUAAUGAGAACUAUUCUUAUGUUGCUGAUAUUUGGAGUCUUGGACUAACAAUAUUGGAAUGUGCUACUGGAAAAUUCCCAUAUGACGUAAAUGACGGCCUUGCAAAUCUCAUGUUGCAGAUACUUGAUGAUCCAUCACCAACACCACCAGUAGAUGCUUAUUCAUCAGAAUUCUGCUCCUUCAUCAAUGAUUGCUUGCAGAAAGAUGCUGAUGCAAGGCCCAUGUGUGAGCAGCUUCUGUCACAUCCAUUCAUCAAGAGGUAUGCAGGAACCGAGGUGGACUUGGCAGCAUAUGUCAAAAGUGUUGUUGAUCCAACAGAAAGAUUAAAUAAAGCAAAUAGCUGA